UACAAUGAAACCCCUGAAGCAACAAAGUUCACUCACUAGCUUUGUCAUAUCAGAAACAAGUUGGAGUCAGCUCAGAAUUCAACUGCCCGGAAAUUGCAGGCCGAGUUGUCGUCGGCCGCCAGAAACAGCGAUAAACUCUACCAGGAAACUGAUUUGCUUUGGAAUUAAUGGAGGCCAAAUUUUUCCGCUUUCUUAAGAUUGUGGGUGUUGGAUACAAAGCUAGAGCCGAAUCUGCAGGGCGUCUAUUGUAUCUCAAAUUGGGUUACAGUCAUGAGGUGGAAUUAUCAGCGCCUCCUGCUGUCCGUGUUUUCUGCUUUAAAAACAAUGUAAUUUGUUGCACUGGAAUAGACAAGCAAAGGGUGCAUCAGUUUGCUGCUACUGUUCGCAACUGUAAGCCACCCGAAGUUUACAAAGGCAAGGGCAUAAUGUAUACUGACGAAGUUAUCAAGAAAAAACAAGGAAAGAAGUCUAAAUGAUCAUACAAUCUCAGCCGAUUUCUUGAUGUCUAUGGCUCAGGUGUACAUUGGCUAAACUCUGCAGAAUUGUUUCAUCUAGUCUUUGAACAAUUUCACCAUUAGAAUUCUUAAACAGAGCAUUUUUUCUGCUUCACUAUGAUUGAUAUGUAACACUAGAAUUUAUCUUUGUUGAGACAUUUUAUCUGUCUAAUAAUACCAAAAAAUCAUGAAUUUGAAUAUACUUACUUUUAAUGAAUGCCUAUGAUAUUUUUGUGGUUGUUGAAUUUCA